AUCUCUGACCUCUCGAUCCAGACCGUGCAUGAUAUAAUAGAAUAUAUGGACGCGAGCGAAAGUUGUAUUAGCUGUUGGCUGAGUCUCUGCCUGCAAAAUGCAAAUCCCAUUGCUUUCUCCAACAUCUGAGAAUACUUGCAAAGAUUAGAUGGCCAAUUUCGGUGAUGGUUCUUCUACGCAAUUUGGGGUUGACAAUUUGGGAUAUGCAUGGGCCACUCUCAUUGCUCUACUUGCUAUCUUCUUCUUCCACUCUGCUAAGUUCUUCUUCUCCUUCCUCUUUUCCUCAUCCUCUAAAAGCCAUCCCCUUUCCGUUCCUUCUGUUUCCUCUGCCUCCUGUCCUUCCGUGUCUUCCUCCGGGAACCUCCAAUUCCGAAUCUCAGAGCUUGUAUCAGAAACAGAUUUAAAGAUUUUAAUUGAAAAUUUGGAUGAGAAGCUCACAAAGAAUGAGAAAUGGGAAAAUGUCAUAGAUAAAAGCAACAAUCUUUUAUCCUACAGUGCAAAAUGCUGCAAACCUAAGGAUGCUCCCCUAAAAUACUUGAGUGUGACAGUAUUUGAAAAUUGCUCCCCAGAGAUUGUUAGGGACUUUUAUAUGGACAAUGACUACAGAAAGCAGUGGGACAAGGCCUUGGUUGAACAUAAGCAGCUGGACGUGGAUAAAACCAAUGGCACUGAAGUUGGUCGCACCAUCAAAAAGUUUCCAUUCUUGACACCUAGGGAAUACAUAUUGGCCUGGAGAUUAUGGGAAGGAAAAGAUAAAACAUUCUACUGCUUUAUUAAGGAAUGUGAGCAUCCGUUAGCACCUCAGCAGAGAAAGUAUCUACGAGUGGGUUUCUUUAGAUCUGGUUGGAGAAUUGGGAAAGUACCUGGUAGAAAUGCCUGUGAGAUCAAAAUGUGGCACCAAGAAGAUGCUGGUUUAAAUGUAGAGAUGGCGAAGUUGGCUUUUGCUAGGGGCAUAUGGAGUUAUGUUUGUAAGAUGGAUAAUGCACUGCACAAGUACAAUGCAUUUAGUCAUCUUCAGAUGGGUCCUGCAGUUACUGCUUUGUCUCUGAUCCAGAAGGUUCCACCAGGAUUAGAACAAAUGGACAUUGUUGUGGAUACUCCAGCAAAUCCUGCAGUAAUCACCAUGGAUGGAUUGCUUACUGAUGUAAACAAAGAGAGGAAAUUCCUUAAAAAGCCAUCAAGGAAAGUUUUGGCAAAUGGUUUGCUGCUUAUUGGUGGUGUCAUCUGCCUGUCCCGUGGACACUCUAACCUGGGUGUUAAAGUUGCCAUGGCAUACAUCCUGACAAAGCUAAGAAAACAUAAUGCUUCUCCAGGCCAAAGCAGAGAAAGGUGAGUUACAGUACAGGACCUGACCACAAUGCAUUACCAAGAGUGAUACUGAUUAACUUGAUAACAACUGCUUGUACGGUUAUUAAUUUUAGCAUGAAAUCUGACUGGUUUGGCUGUUUCUAGACUUAUUCUCUCACUCUGACCCCUCUCUCCACCCUUUCUUAACUAUAAUUAGUUUGGUGCAUCGCGUUAUAAGUGUACAGAUGACUACAGAAAUUUGCCACUUAUCAUUCAUUACCCAUGUAUUUGAACUGUAAUAUAUGAAUGAAAAGUCGGCUGAAAGAAGCGAUGCUAUCAUUUGUUGAUUUUUUAAAA